AUGAAAAAGAUACUCUUCAUUGUUCUGGUUUGCAUUCUGGCUGCCCUAUUCUUCAAUGCUGAUAAAGCUGAUGGACAAUUAGUGUACAGCUACCGUUAUGCAUAUAGUUACCCUUACUCCUAUGGUUACUCGUAUCCAUACUCAUAUGGCUAUUCCUACCCAUAUAGUUACGGAUACUCAUAUCCAUACAGCUAUGGUUACUCAUAUCCAUAUAGCUAUGCUUAUUCCUAUAGUUAUCCUUACUCAUACGGUGGUUAUGGUUAUCCUUACUCAUAUGGUGGUUAUGGCUACCCUUACUCCUAUGGUUACAGUUAUCCUUAUUCUUAUGCUUAUUCAUACCGUUAUUGUUUACGUGGAGAAUCUAGUACGAAUCCAACCGAUUCAAAUCCGAAAUCACCAUUAGCUCCAGUUCAAGGUGGCGCCUACAUUAUCAGUAGCCAACAACCAUCCACAGCCACACAGCAACAACCUACUCAAGGAUCUGUCACUCAACAAACUCAAAUCGAUCCAAAUUCUCAAAACCAAGUCGUGUCCACAACCUCGUAUCCAGCAUCUGCAAAUCCAACUUCGAUUACGGUUAUUUAUCCGAGUGGAGCUACUCCUAGUAGUCAAAAUCCAGUAAUUCCUAGUCAACCUACUCAGACACAACCUACACAACCUACUCAGACGCAACCAACACAACCAAGUCAACCAUUGCCACAGCCACAGCCACAACCAAUUCCAAAUCAAAAUCAACAACAAUCAUAUCCACAAUAUUCACAACAAAGUACCUAUAGUCAAUAUACAACUGGUCAACCACAACAACAGCAACAACAACCUUAUUAUGGAAAUAAUCAACAACAACAACCUGUCUAUUCACAACAACCAGUUUAUAGUCAACCACAACAACAACAACAACCUUAUUAUGGAAAUACUCAAUAUGCUCCACAACAAUCUUAUCCUCAAAAUCAAUAUGUCCAACAGCAACCAGUGUAUAGCCAACCAGUCCAACAACAACAACAACCUUAUUAUACUUCAUCACCUCAAUAUGCUCCUGUCCAGAGUGGUCAACCAGCUUAUUAUCCACAAACACAACAGCCAUACUAUGGAAACACUCAAUAUGUCCAACAACAGCCUCAAUAUGUUCCACAAACUCAAUAUGUCCAACAACCUUACAAUGGUGGUGCUCAAUAUUAUUAUCCACAACAAUCUUAUCCUCAAACUCAAUAUGUCCAACAACCAUACUAUGGAACAACUGGUUAUGCUGCACAACCAUAUGUAUCGGGUGGAUAUCCUGCAACCACAGCUGUUGCGCCUGGCUAUGGCUAUGCUGCUCCUGCUGCAACUGCUGGAUAUGGUUAUGCAGCUCCUGCAGUUGCCUAUCAACCACAAGCUGUUUAUUCUUCCUAUCCUGCUUAUUACUAUUAG